CCCCAAUUUUGCCCACUCCACACUCGACAACCACACAAAUCCCUGCAAUUUUCUCUAUCUUCUUCUUCUUUCUCGUCCUUUUCUUCUUCAUCAUCAUCAUCAUCAUCUUCUUCUUCUUCCCCUUCCUCUUCUUCCCCUUCUUCUUCGUCUUCUUCUUCUUCUUCUUCUUCGCCGGCGACCAAAAUCGGGCCGGUGAAAUGAAUAUUCCGGCCACCGAUUCUUCCAAAUCACCACUCACUCUUCGUAUCUCAGAUCAUCGCCGUCAUGUAUUUCACGAAAAGCUCUGAUCCCAAAUCCAAAUUUCUUGUUCGCUUAGUCACGAAGUUAUCCGCGUCAAUUCCAUGGAAAUUCGGGGAAAGAUGAAGAUUCAACCUAUUGAUAUCGAUCCUCCAACUGGAAGAGUUGCCAUUCGUGCUGAUCCUGGCAAACCAGUACUGAAAUCGCGUUUGAGGAAGCUCUUUGAUCGACCGUUUCCGAAUGUUCUUAAGAAUUCAACUGCGGAAAAGCCAAUCGCGCCUGGGGAAGCUGCACAGUUCAUCAUCAAUAAAGAUGGACUCUCUGAGUUUGAGCCGAGCUCCAUUUGUUUGGCUAAAAUGGUGCAGAGUUUUAUUGAGGAGAGUAACGAGAAGCAAUUGUCAGUGGCCACUGCUGUGAAGAAUGGUCGCAACCGCUGCAAUUGCUUCAACGGUAACAAUAAUGACAGUUCUGAUGACGAGUCCGAUGACUUCGGCGGUGGUUUUGGUGAAACUGUAGCAAUCGGAUCAUCUGGUGCCGAUGUUUACGACUUACUCAAGAGUCUGAUACUUUGUGCUAGCGUAGCUGAGAGAAAUCUCUUAGCCGACACCGCAAAGAUUGUUGAGAAGAACAACAAAAUUCACAAAAGGAAAGACGAUUUGAGAAAAGUUGUCACAGAUGGCCUUUCAUCUAUCGGCUACGAUGCUUCAAUCUGUAAAUCGAAAUGGGAGAAAUCCCCUUCACAUCCUGCAGGAGAAUAUGAAUACAUCGAUGUGAUGGUGGAGGACGAGAGAUUGGUGAUAGACAUAGAUUUCAGAUCGGAGUUUGAGAUCGCUCGUUCCACCGGAAUGUACAAGACGAUUCUUCAAUUAGUCCCGAAUAUCUUCGUCGGAAAAACGGAUCGUUUAGGUCAAAUCGCUUCAAUCGUAUCAGAGGCUGCGAGACAGAGCUUGAAGAAGAAGGGGAUGCACUUUCCGCCAUGGAGGAAAGCUGAAUACAUGAGAGCUAAAUGGCUUUCACCUCACAUCAGAUCCAAGCCUCCAAAUCCAUCGGUGAAGGAGAACGAAAUGAUGAACAUGAAUGAAAACGAGAACAACGAAGAGUCGCCGACAGAGACGGACUGCGGAGAAUUGGAAUUGAUAUUCGGAGACGAAGCGACGAUGAUCACAUCAAGUGAGAGUAAUUCAAUCGCUUCAUCGCCACCUCCGCAGGAAGGAUUGUAUGGCGGCAAGAAGGCGGCGGUGACAGUGACGGCCUGGCAACCUCCGGCGAUCAAACCGAAGAGUCUCGAUAGAGGAGCUAAGAUCGUUACGGGAUUGGCAUCAAUUCUGAAAGAGAAUCCGUAAAAGUUUUGGGUUUUUUUUUUCUUUUUAAAAAUUUUUCUUAUCUUUUUUUUUUUUUGUUGGGAAAUGAAAUAUCAUAAACAAAGGUAAAAAAAGAAAAAAGAAAAAAAAAAGGAGAUAAUUAAGGGGGGGUUAAAACCGUAAAAGUAAAUAACAGUAAAUAUGAGAAAAUGUAUGUGCUUUUGUUUAAUUGAGGGGGAAAAAAAAAAGAAAGGAAAAUCCUUCGGUUUUUUGGUUGAAAGGGUAUUCUACUCUGUGUAAUGGGUAGCAAUUUUAGCUUUACCCAAUCGUGUUUAUAAAAAUUUAAAAUUUUAAAAAAAAAA